AUGGGGUAUGCUUUUUUUCUUGAUUCAAGGAUUUUAUUUUGUUGGGCAGUGAAGAAAGGUCAGAUUGUGAAGGUCGAUAAAGACAAGUACCUUAACAGUUAUUUAUCAGUUGGGCAUCCACCUUAUUACAAUGGCUUAGAUUACAUUUAUGAAGACCGUGGCGAGGUCUUGGACUUGAGAAUAUUUGAGACAAGGGAGCAUGCACUUGAUAAGAUGCAUUGGUUGGUGUCCCAAGUGCAACAACUUGGCUGCCAACAGAUAUGCUCAUCAAGAAUUUGUUUCAAAACAUUCCAGAGGAUGCUGAAGGAUACUGUUUUGUCAUCAGAAGCUGUUGGCUAUUAUUAGCAGCAUGAUCAAAUUUACUGCCUAUCAAUCUUCAGAAAAUUUAUCAACUAUGGCAAAUAAAUGAUUUGUUUUAGGAUGAUCCUAAAACGUAAUUAAAUUAUUGUUAGAAUUAUGACUCAAAAUCUUAGUGGGAUUUAAAGAGACUUUUUUUAAUUUGAGUGGAAUAAAUAUUUCUUAAUAGGAUAGAAGAAUAUUUCCUGUAUAAAGUAAAACUCUUAUUUUAGUGUUAUUCUUAAAUUGAGUGGGACUCCUAAUCAGAUUAGGAUUGAGCGAAUUAACACUAUAAAGAGGAUAAUGGUGAAAAAGUUUAUUUGGCUUUCAACUCAUGAAGUGAGGCUGUCGCCCAUUGUAGAGAAGGGCUUUGCCUGCUAAAAAUUUGGCUCUGCCUAUUGAUGAGGGGCACUUAUCCAUUACAAUAGAGAAAGGCUUUUAGCGUAAGGUAGAGUAAGGAUAUAAAAUUCAAGAUGAAAGGAUUCUUGUCCAUUGGCGAGAGGGUUCUUGUCCGUAUAGUUAAAGACACCCUUUGUAAUGUAGUAUUAUAAUAGUAAAUAUAUUGGAUUAUGUCUAGAGGAGACUGAAAUGGACUAACUAAUAUAUUUAAUUGAUAUAAUAUGAGUUUUCUUGGGUGUAAUUGGGUUUAUGAAUAAUAUAGCUUGAAGUUUGUAUUGAUAAUUUAUUAUCGUUGAUAGUGGAAUAUGGCAUGCUCAUGGAUGUAACCCUAUAUUGAGAUAGUGAACUACGUAAAUAUUAGUGUUUUGUAUAUUUGCUUUAUUUCUUUACAGUUUACACGAUUCUAUAGUGCACAAUAAUUGUGUA